AUGAAAACAUCCUUCGGUAUCCUGUUCCUUGAUGCCAUAGUUGGUGCUGCUGGUCGAGCCACGAGCACUGCUCUGGAAGACCUGACAGCCGACGCAUUCCACGUUCGCGAAGCCGGCAUUGGAGAGAACAUGGAUCUAAUGACGUACUCGAUGUACCACCUAGUGCAAAGAGAUUCGGGAGCUCUGCUUAACUACACGACUCCUGUCACUCACGCCAACCACACGUUGCAGACCUUUUUCCAGCACUUCGUCAACAACAGCUUGUCAAUGAUGGAGAGUAACUGGGGUUAUGAGAAGAUCGGAGAUGGGGGCCACUAUGAUCUUGGAAGAGCUCUCUCGGUUGGAAUUGUCGCCUGGCUCAUAGCCACAGCGGCAGUUGUAGCAUGCGUCCAGCGGAGAUAUACAAGCUCUAUGUUGCGCAACGUCGAGUUGUUAGCGGACGUGCUGGUGCUCAUAGCAGGCAGCGAGAAUCUGCUGUCUCUAGUACAGAAAAGAGGGCUGGAUUUGAAGCGCGAUACAGAAGUUAAGACAAUGCUGGGAUGGUUCAAAGGUCGUGACGGAGUAGUCAGACGGGGUAUGGAAGUGGUAGGCGGCAGAGAUGCGGUGGAGUGGGUCUCGGCACCUCAAAAAGAUUUUGUAUACACUAAGUAG